GCUUCCGUGUCCCUCGUGUCAUAACAUGGUGGCCUCCACUGCUUUGACACUAGCUUGUUGUUGAAGGGUUUAUAGCUGUGGAAUAAGGGGCCAUUUGCUGUAAGCAUGCCUCGCUACGAGUUAGCGCUGAUCUUGAAGGCAAUGCAGCGACCGGAGACUGCGGCUGCCCUCCGGCGGACCGUGGAGACCCUGAUGGAGCGGGGUGCGGUGGUGAGAGACCUGGAGAACCUGGGAGAGAGGCUCCUGCCUUACAAGAUGACCAAACACAAUCAGAGGCACAGUAGAGGGACUUACUUUUUGGUGGAUUUUUAUGCUGCUCCGAGUAUCCUUGACGGCUUGCUGGACCACCUGCACCGUGACGUGGACGUGGUGAGACCUGCAGUCCUGAAGAAGGACGAGCAGGGGCCCAAAAGCAGCUGCUGUGGCCCCUCCAAAUAGUGCUUCACUGCUCAUCCGGACAGACCACAGUUCUACUUCCCUCACUGACCUCCCAUUGCUGAUGGAUGUGAUGUUGUGUAAAAUGCAAUAAUAAAUGACUAUUUACUUUUUGGCAAA